AUGGCGACAACAACAGUGACCUCGCACAGCACAGACUCCGAUCGCAUCGACAAGGAGCCCCAUCUCGCACACACAUCUACCAACAUCUCAAUCAGCCCAGAGCUCUUCGAGAAACUGUAUCUCGCGCCCAAGACACCACAUGCAAAUGAGAAUGUCGGAAAAUAUGCUAAUGCGACACCUUUGGGCUUCUUGGGCGGCAUAUUCUUCUUCACAGGCCCCCUCCUCCUAACCCUCUCCACAAUCUUCCUCUGGAUCCAAUCCCAAUUCUUCCCCAUGAUGGUCUGCGGCCUCUUCGCCGUCUUCUGGCUCUCCUUCGGCAUGUUGCAACUGCCCACGCUCAAUCUGGCCGCCUCCUACUCUCCUUCCGGCGACGCCGCAGCCGGCAUGGCUGGUGGAGCGCUCUUGUUCAUAGUAGGCCUUCUGGGCUGGUACAUGCUCUUCGUCAUCAUGGCUGCAGAGAUGCGCUGGUCUGUAUGUCCGCCUGUUGGAGAUCUUAGCAAAUACUGGGCGAAGACAGAUGUCGAGAUUGGUGCGAAUGCAAGCGAGAAGAAAGAUUGA